AUGAUGAAUUUAAAAGACUGGUCCCACAGCCCCCUGAACGACUUCCAGCGCUCUGAGGGCCGCGAGCUGGUUCCCACCGCCUGGAACUCAGCUCGAGUGCAGACGCUGCUGGGUGUGAACCUGGAGGACUGUGCAACCCGCUGCUCACAGUCUCUGGACUGCAGAGCUUUCAACUUCGAGUCUCGUCCAGUGGUCACCUGUAAACUUCUGCCCUGGGUGGGAGAGGACAAAGAAGCAGAGGUGAAGCAGAACGUGAACUGUGACCUCUACGAGAAGAAGGCCUAUGUCAGAAAGUGCAUUGUGGGUAAAGGGGAAGACUACCGUGGGAAAGUGUUCACGACGAGGAGUGGGCUCACCUGCCAGCAGUGGUGGUCCAAGUCUCCUCACAAUCACAGGUAUAAACCCUCAGCCACGAAUGGCCUGGAGCUGAACUACUGUCGGAAUCCAGGCGGGGAUCGUAUCGGUCCGUGGUGCUACACCACUGACCCCGAGAGACGCUACGAGAGCUGCAACAUUCCCCAGUGCAAAGACGAGGUGUGUAUCACCUGCAACGGCGAGGACUACCGGGGGCAGGUUGACCACACGGUGAAUGGUCGAGAGUGUCAGAGAUGGGACCAGCAGUAUCCUCACCAGCACAUCUACCAGCCAGAGAAGUAUCCCGAUAAGUCUCUGGACGAUAACUACUGCCGUAACCCCGACGCGUCUCCGGUGCCUUGGUGUUACACGACUGACCCCAAAGUGAAGAGAGAAAACUGCGAGAUCAGCAAAUGCACUGAAGUCCGUGUGGAGAAACGACAGCCCUCCAGCUUCACCACCAACUGUUUCCGCGGCCGUGGGGAAGAUUACCGCGGCACGGUCAAUGAGACCACGUCGGGUAUCCCCUGCCAGCGGUGGGACACCCAGUUUCCCCACCAACACGACUUCUACCCAAACACAUACGAGUGCAAGGGCCUGGAGGAGAACUACUGCCGUAACCCGGACGGGUCGGAGGCCCCCUGGUGCUUCACGUCUCUGCCAGGGGUGAGGACGGCUCUCUGUCUGCAGAUCAAACGCUGUGCAGAUGACAUCGAAGCUGAGGGUGGGACUUCGUGAUUCACUUCAGAGACAGAAUAACAGUAGAGGAGAAGGUUACUAUGAACUACGAUGGUUAAAGGCUGUAUGAAUAAUGAUGACCAUGUCACUGCCUCAUCUAA